UGAGCGAGCAUGCCCAUGCCGGGGGAGCGGACCGCCGGGCGGCCGUGGCUGCUGUUGAGGCUGCUGCUGCUGCUGCUGCUGCUGCUGCUGCUGCUGCUACCGCGGGCCGGGGCGCUGCGCCCGGCCGAGCUCUUCCCUUAUGGGGAGUUGCUGGGUGACCGGCUGCUGCCGGAGGGCGACGACGAAAGCUCGGCCGCGGUGAAGCUGGCCGUUCCCCUGCGCUUCUACGAUGCCCAGUUCAGCAACCUCUACGUGGGCACCAACGGCAUCAUCUCCACCCAGGACUUCCCCAGGGAGACCCAAUAUGUGGACGAUGAUUUUCCCACUGACUUUCCAGCCAUCGCGCCUUUCCUGGCUGAUAUCGACACGAGCCGGGGCCGGGGCCGGGUGCUGUACCGGGAGGACACCUCCCCGGCCGUGCUGAGCCUGGCCGCUCGCUACGUGCGCGCCGGCUUCCCGCGCUCGGCGUCCAGCUUCGCGCCCACCCACGCCUUCCUGGCCACCUGGGAGCACGUGGGCGCCUAUGAGGAGCUCCGGCGCGGGGCUGCGCCCUCUGCGGAGCUGAACACUUUCCAGGCAGUUCUGGUAUCUGACGAAUCUGAUAGCUACGCGCUCUUUCUGUAUCCUACCAAUGGCCUUCAGUUCUUUGGAACCCGCCCCAAAGAGUCUUACAACGUCCAGCUCCAGCUUCCAGCUCGGGUAGGCUUUUGUCGUGGGGAAGCUGAAGACCCGAAGAGAGAAGCACUGCAUUUCAGCUUGACUAGCACCGAACAGUCUGUGAAAAACCUCUACCAACUGAGCAACCUGGGGAUUCCUGGAGCCUGGGCUUUUCAUAUCGGCAGCAGGUCUCCCCUGGACAACAUCAGGCCAGCAACAGUCGGAGGAGACCUUUCCACAGCCCGCUCAUCGGCUCCUCUGGAACAUCCCCUCAGCCAGGCUGCAGCCCUGGAAAGUGACUAUACAGAGGACAAUUUGGAUUACUACGAUGAGAAUGAGGAGGAAGUUGAAUACUUGCCGGGUGAACCAGAGGAGGCCUUGGAUGGCCAAGGCAGAAUUGAUGUGUCCUUCCAUUCGAAGGCUGAUCCUGUCCCUGUGGAAGGUGGGACACCCUCUCCUCUGCCACAUCCAGUACCCAGUGACUGGCCAUCCUAUCCUGAAACAAAAUUAGCUGCCUUGGACCCCCAAACCAAACAGAGGGCAUCUCCAGAGGAGGUAGAGGCCCCAGAUUUAAAUGGCCGAGAGGAGUCUUGGCACCUGACAGGACCCAGAAGCCCACUUCUUCCAGAGGCAGGAAGAGACUCACAGGCUCCAGCCCGGGAAGACCCACCACCGUCCCCUGAAAAUAGGAGCAUCCAGCCUUUCCCCGAUGGAGGGGCAGUGCCUUCAAAACCAGAUAUUCCUGCCCCUUCCCCUCAGGGGGAAACCUUUGCUCCCAGUUACCCAGUGUCUGGUCACGUGCCUUCGCCGAGUGGCGGGAGGUAUGUGGUGGGAGUGGAGGACCACAUCAGUUCCAAUGCGCAGGUCUUCACAUACAAUGCCGCCAACAAGGAGACCUGUGCACACCACCACGGCCAGUGCUCCCGGCACGCCUUCUGCACAGACUACGCCUCCGGCUUUUGCUGUCACUGUCAGUCUCGGUUUUACGGAAAUGGGCAGCACUGCCUGCCAGAAGGAGCACCUCACCGAGUCAAUGGGAAAGUGAGUGGCCACCUCCGGGUGGGUCACAUACCUGUUGACUUCACCAAUGUGGACCUGCAUGCUUACAUCGUGGGCAAUGAUGGCAGAGCCUACACAGCCAUCAGCCACGUCCCGCAGCCGGCAGCCCAGGCCCUUCUCCCCCUCAUGCCAAUCGGAGGCCUGUUUGGCUGGCUCUUUGCUUUGGAAAAGCCAGGCUCCGAGAACGGCUUCAGCCUCACCGGUGCAAACUUUAUCCAUGACAUGGAAGUUACGUUCCACCCAGGAGGGGAGAGGGUUCGGAUCACUCAAACUGCUGAGGGACUUGACCCGGAGAACUAUCUGAGCAUUAAAACUGACAUCGAAGGCCAGGUGCCCCACAUUCCAGCAAAUUUCACAGCCCACAUCGCUCCCUACAAAGAGCUUUAUCAUUACUCAGACUCAGCUGUGACCUCCACAAGUUCCAGAGAGUACUCGCUCACUUCUGGGGCAGUCAACCAGUCGUGGUCUUACAGUGUCCACCAGAACAUCACCUACCAGGCGUGCGGGCAUGCCCCCCGGCCACACGCCCUUGCCACCACCCAGCAGCUGACCGUGGACCGGGUUUUCGCUUUGUACAGUGAAGAUGAAGGCGUGCUUAGGUUCGCCGUGACCAAUCAGAUUGGCCCUGUUGAAGCUGACUCAGAGCCUGCCCCGGUGAACCCUUGCUAUGAUGGGAGCCACAUGUGUGACACAACAGCCCGGUGCCAUCCAGGGACAGGUGUGGACUACACCUGUGAGUGUGCCCCCGGGUACCAGGGAGACGGACGGAGUUGUGUGGAUGUAGACGAAUGCUCCACUGGCUUCCAUCGCUGUGGCCCCAACUCCAUGUGUAUCAACUUGCUGGGAAGCUACAGGUGUGAUUGCCGCAGCGGCUACGAGUUUGCAGAUGACCAGCACACUUGCAUCUUGAUUGCUCCAGCUUCCAACCCCUGUGAGGAUGGCAGUCACACCUGUGCUCCUGUAGAGGCGGCCCGGUGCAUUCAUCAUGGAGGCAGCUCCUUCAGCUGUGCCUGUCUGCCAGGCUACAUUGGCACUGGGCAUCAGUGUUCCGAUGUUGAUGAAUGUGCAGAAAACAGGUGUCACCCGGCAGCUACUUGUUACAACACCCCUGGGUCGUUCUCCUGCCGUUGCCAAGCUGGGUAUCAUGGGGACGGGUUUCAGUGCACGCCUGACUCUGUCUCAGAACUGAAGCCCUGUGAACGCCAGCAGCGCUAUGCCCAGGCACAGCAUGCCUACCCUGGCUCACGGGUCCACGUCCCCCAGUGCGAUGACCAGGGUAACUUCCUGCCACUGCAGUGCCAUGGCAACACCGGCUUCUGCUGGUGUGUGGAUCCUAAUGGCCAAGAAGUCCCUGGCACCCAGACUCCGCCUGGCUCCACUCCACCUCACUGCGGACCACCACCAGAACCCACUCAGAGGCCUCGGACGGUGUGCGAACGCUGGAGGGAGAGCCUGCUGGAGCACUAUGGUGGCGCACCCAGGGAUGACCAGUAUGUGCCCCAGUGUGAUGACCUGGGCCACUUCAUCCCCCUGCAGUGUCACGGGAAGAGCGACUUCUGCUGGUGUGUGGACAAAGACGGCCGAGAGCUGCAGGGUACACGCUCGCAGCCAGGCACCAUCCCUGCCUGUAUCCCCACAGUUGCUCCCCCCACAGUUCGGCCCACUCCCCGGCCUGAUGUGACCCCUCCAUCUGUGGGCACCUUCCUGCUGUAUGCCCAGGGCCAGCAGAUUGGUCACUUGCCCCUCAAUGGCACCAGGCUUCAGAAGGAUGCUGCCAAGACCCUGCUGUCAUUGCAUGGCUCCAUAGUUGUGGGAAUUGAUUACGACUGCCAGGAGAGGAUGGUGUACUGGACGGAUGUUGCUGGCCGAACCAUCAGCCGUGCCAGUUUGGAGGCAGGCGCCGAGCCCGAGACCAUCAUCACCUCAGCUCUGAUAAGCCCGGAAGGACUUGCCAUCGACCACUUCCGUAGAACCAUGUACUGGACGGACAGCGGCCUGGAUAAGAUAGAGAGGGCCAACCUGGAUGGCUCCGAGCGCAAGGUCCUCUUCCACACAGAUCUGGUGAAUCCCCGUGCCAUCACUGUGGAUCCAAUCCGAGGCAACUUAUACUGGACAGACUGGAAUAGAGAAGCUCCUAAAAUUGAAACAUCUUCUUUAGAUGGAGAAAACAGACGAAUUCUGGUCAAUAAGGAUAUUGGAUUACCCAAUGGGUUAACCUUUGACCCCUUCUCCAAACUCCUUUGCUGGGCCGAUGCAGGAACAAAAAAACUGGAGUGUACACUACCUGAUGGAACUGGACGGCGUGUCAUCCAAAAUCACCUCAACUACCCCUUCAGCAUCGUCAGUUACGCAGAUCAUUUCUACCACACAGACUGGCGGAGGGAUGGUGUUAUAUCAGUUAAUAAAGACAGUGGCCAGUUUAUUGACGAGUAUCUCCCAGAGCAGCGAUCUCACCUAUAUGGGAUCACUGCAGUCUACCCCUACUGCCCAACAGGAAGAAAAUGAAAAUGAAAUGUACAGGAGGGCUUGACGUUUACAAUCAGAUCUUGACCUAAGAACAUUUACUGCAAAGGCAAAGAAAGUGAAUAAGGAACUGGCCAUUCGAAGAUCUGGACACACAAGAUGAGCAUUUUUAGUGCAACAAGACUAUUUUGUGAAAAGUCUAUACCUCAAUCUUUACUACUGUAUUUUUUAAAUCAAAAGUUCUCACAGGUAAAAAGUAAUGGAAUUUUAAUUGUUGCUUAUUGAAGCAACUUUCUGUAAACAUUCACUUACUUAAUAGGCCAAGUUCAUUCAGCUAAGAACUCAUCAGUUUAAGAAACUAAAUCUGAUUUUUUUUUUUUUUUGGACUAAAUCUGAUUUUUGCCAUGGAUUCUUCCUGGCCAAGAAACUAAAAGGACAUGUGAUUCAAUAUAAACUAUAAUCCUAAGGACCUUGACAUUGAUGUAGUUGGAGACUAUGCAGAACUGAUGGAAAAGAUCCAACUUAUUUAUAUGCUUCCCAACAGAAGUUCUAAGAUGUGUUUUUACCUCUACAUCAGUGCAUUUCUAUUUAUAUGAGAAGGUGCUAGAAUGAUUCACUCUAUACUUUCCAAUCCCCCAUGUGCCUCUAUAGACGUGCCUGCCGACAGCAUUACAGUUACAAACACCAAAGAUGUAGUUCUCAAAUUUUAUACAUAACUUCAAUAAACUAUUUUUACGUUUUCUUGUGA